CAGGAGCCAGUGGCGGGAGCCGCCGGUGGGAAGACCGGCAGGAGGCUGCGCUGGAGCCCGCUGGGCAGCGCCAACCCCUAAGGCAGCCGGGCGGAUUCUGGGACUGUCUUCCUCUCCUGAUUGACUGCAUGAAGGGGAUUUCUGGUGGGGGAAGGGUAGCAGCUCUUGCCACACAUGCAGAGAGAGAGGAACUUCCAGUGCCCGCUAUGGAGCCACAGCCCACAGCAUGGGGAGGACCCCGUCCAGUGGCAGUGCUGCAACUAGAGGUAGCUCCAGAGUCCUCCAGGCCCUGCACCGAUACAGCCAAAGACCAGCAAAGUGACGAGCUGCCAGACCUCAUGCCACCUGCCGUAGCCACUGGCCUGAGCCCUGGAGCUGAGAGCGUCGCUGGAGAUAGAUGUGGCAGAGAAGAGGUUAUGAGCAUGGCCCCAGCCAGCAGCUCCCACGCUGCCCCUAGUCCUGGGCAUGGAGCGAGCCUUGGUUUCGGAGACCAGGGUGUGCAGUCUGAGCUCCUCUACCUUACUAAACAGAGGCCUCUUUUAUUUACCAGAGCCACAGCCAUGCUGCAUCAGGACCUUUUCAUUCUGCCAGUGCUGGGGCUGUCUAUCUGCAAGCUGGAGGUGUUGAGAGCAGGAAAAGGAGGCUGUGAGGAAGGGUUCCAGCAGCUCCUCCUGCUCUCAGAGGUGACCUCCUCCUCCAGGCAUGGAGGUCUGUCCACUACUGGGCUUCUGGGCUAUUUGCCCCUGAUUUGCUCCCUGGUACGGGCUCUUCUUAACAGGUAGGCAAGGGGUGUGGGGACCAGGCGGGGGCUUCAAAGGGUACAGCACCAAAUCUUCCAAACUCAGCACUUGUGCCCUGGGGUCUCCAAACAGUCUUCUGCCCUAGGAUUUAUUCAUACUGUUAAAUUACCAGUUUAUGCAAAUCAUAUGUAAAUAAAGCUCAACUUUUUGAAACUUC